UAUUCAUUUAUUUUAAACAAAUAUGCAUACAAGAUAAUUCUGAAUAACUGUGAUUUUAAGUAUUUAUAAAAACAUUUUAUUGGCAAUCAGCAAAUACAAUUACUGUAUUAUCGGCAAAAUAUUUCGUUCAAAAAAUAAUAGAUAGCGUAAUAAAACAACUAAUUUUCCAUAAUUUUGACAUUUGUCCUGAAUUAUGUGUCUGUGAGACAAGAAAAAUUAUAUAUACUACAUAAUUUCUUAUUAAAUAGAUAAUUAUUUACUGUGACAAUGACAUCUGUCAAAGAUCCAUUAAGAGAAGACAUUGAAAGUGAACCACCACCUUUUUUGGAAAAUUCAGCAGAUCAUAAUUUAAGAUGUGAAUCGCCAAAACGUGGAACUACUCUUUCGACAAGUACAAGUAGCUUCGAAGCAUUGGAUCCUCAUGAUCCGAAUCUUAGUCGUUUAGCUAAUACGAUGUUUCAAAAAACUGGAGAAUAUUUACAAGAAGAACUUACCGCUACUCAUGCCGAUUAUCGUUUAUUAGAACGAUUAAAUAAAGAAACUAUUGCGAAGUAUACAGAGUUAAAAACAAUAUCAUCUAGUGUAGCCCAAUCUUUGGAUUCUUUAAACGAAAAAUAUAAAAAGUUACAACCAAUUUUAGAUAAUAUCAAUGAAAUUGAUGAUAGUGUAACUAAACUAGAACAAGCUGCAUAUAAAUUAGCAGCAUAUUCAAAACGAUUAGAAGCAAAAUUUAAGGAUAUUGAAAAAGAUACAAAAAGUAAAUAAAAUUGUAA